CAAAACGAAAAGGAAAAACCAUCAACUCUUUUCCGUUAAUUACAGAUGGCGAGGUUGCAUUUCAAUACCAAUAAAUCUGCAAAUCAAAUCUUUGAAGAAAGAGUUAAGAACAUGGAAAAUUCGUCUAUCAAAUCCACUACCAUAUUCAAAGUAAAUGUUGCGUUACGUGAAUCAAAUCCAGAUGCUUAUACCCCAAAGGUGAUCUCCAUUGGUCCUUACCAUAACAAAAUUCCUCAACUUGGCUCAAUGGAAAAAUACAAAAUGUUGUACCUACAACGGUUUCUCAAACGGAAAAAUGAGAUUGAUGUGAAAAGUUGCAUUAGUGAAAUUGAGAAAUUAAAAGAUGAAGCACUAAAGUGUUACGAUGAUAACCUUGACAGUGACAUUGUUGUCAAAUUUUCACAAAUGUUGUUGCUUGAUGGCUGUUUUAUAGUUGAGUUUAUUCGAGAGCGUUGUGGAAGGAAGCCAAGAGAAGAAGACGAAAUCAUCAACAGGGAAUGGAUGAUGUUACAAGUAUGUCGAGACAUGUUAUUACUAGAAAACCAACUACCUUAUUUUGUCCUCACCGUGUUACAUGAAAUGACUAAGUAUCCUACAGAACCAAACUUGAUAAAGAUGGUGAAAUCUACAUUCGAUGAUCGUUUCCCAAAUAAGUAUCCCGAAAUAAUUGAUGGCAUUGCGCCUCAACAACCAGACCAUUUACUUCAUGUGUUACAUAUGUUGUCUCGCCCAUCAAAAAUGCAAAAUAAUACUAGCGAAACCACGAAUGGUAGCACCCGAAAGGAAUGUUGUAAUAAAAGUUUUUUGGGGAAAUUUAUUCAAAAAGAAAUGCCCGACGAAGUUAGUGGUUGGGAAUGCUGCCAAAUUCCAAGUGCAACUGAACUUUAUGAAGCUGGAGUCAAUUUCAAAAAAAUAGGAGCUUUGGGAGAGGAUAUUAAGGAUAAAACAACUUUAUUUGAUAUCGAGUUUAAACAUGGAUUGUUUGAAAUCCCUUGUUUUGCAGUUGAAGAUACAUUGGAACCUUUCUUGAGAAAUAUGAUAGCUUAUGAGCAGCACUCGUCUAGGUUACAUCUUAAAUAUUAUACGGAUUAUGGUUGGAUAAUGAGUCAACUUAUUGUCUCACAUAAAGAUGUGAAUCUUCUUCGCCAAAACGGAAUCAUAUUUAACGAGAUAGGAGAUGACAAACAAGUGGCUACCAUCUUCAACAAACUGACACAAGGGGUCACUACUUCUAUUGACUUCUACUGCAGUGAAGAAUGCAGCAAAAUAAUUCAACAUUGUGAAAACCCAUGGAAUCAAAUGAUGGCAAAAUUGAGGCACAAUUACUUUCAGAGUCCUUGGGCUGGAGCUUCAACUGUUGCAGCAAUCGUGCUCCUCUUACUCACAGUUACACAGACAGUUCUAUCUCUCAUAAGUGCUCUUAAGUAAUAAGAAAAAGGGCAGCCCAAUGUACAAAGUAUCCCGUAUUCACGCAGGGUCCAGCAAAGGGUUGCGCCCCAAAAGGUGUGACCGUAGACAGCCUACUCUAAUAAGUGUUCUGAAAUAGUUGCUUUAAUUGAUUGUAUUCUUUAGUAGAUUGGUUUUGUUAUCCUUCCAGUCUGGUUUUCCUUACUAUUAUUUGUGUUUUUGACGGUUUUAAUAUUGUAGCCAAUCCAAGUUGCAUAAUAUAAAUGUGAGAAACGUGCUCCA